GUCGGUAUCAGUAGAUGAAGGAAUUUCAAGCAACUAUGGCGAAGAUGACAUCCUCCUUGGUGAUGAUGGCUAUUUUAAUGGGGUACACAGCCGCCCUCAGUAACAACACUUUCCCCGAACAUUUCACUUUUGGAGUAGGAACGUCUGCUUACCAAACUGAGGGAUUCGGAAUGGAAGAGAGAGGUGAAAACAUCUGGGAUCACGCGAUUUUAGCUAAUCCCAAGAUCAUCGAAGACGGUUCCAAUGCUAGUUCGGCUGAUGAAGCCUACAUACAUUACGAAGAUGAUUUUAAAGCGUUGGCGCAAAUGGGCGUUACUCACUAUAAACUGUCUAUUUCUUGGUCAAGAAUGAUACCAACAGGAUAUACUGACAACAUUGAUGAUAUCACAUAUGGAACGACACACUACAACGUACUAAUCCGCGAAAUGGCACAAAAUAACAUCACUCCUGUAGUGGUAAUUUAUCACUGGGACCUUCCACAGCCCAUUCAAGACAAUGGAGGUUGGAAAAACGAAAGUACCAUCGACGCCUUUGUUACGUACGCUCGAAAAGUGUUUAGGUAUUGUUAUAAAGCUAAGUAUUUUAUAACGUUCGAUAAUCCAAGAGCUAUUUGCAAAAAUGGAUAUGGAGAUGGUAGUUUAGCUCCAUUUUCAUCCAAUUCCGGUAUUGAUGAUUAUGAAUGUGCCAGGAUCUUGCUCAAGGCUCAUGCUGCUGCUUAUAAAGCUUUCAAAGAGGAAUUCGCAGACCAAAACGGAGCCAAGGUUUCCAUCGCUCUGGAUGCUUCAUGGUCGAUUCCAGCAUCGGAUAGUGAAGCAGAUAUAGAUGCUGCUGAAAGGAGAAAUCUAUUUGAGUUUGGACUCUACGCUGAUCCAAUAUUUAAAACUGGCAACUGGCCUCAAGUUGUGAUUGACAGGAUUGACACUCGAAGCAAAGCAGAAGGAAGACAAGAGUCUAGAUUACCCCUCUUGAACCAAACCGAACGAGAUGCAAUAAAGGGAACAUUUGAUUUUAUGGCGAUCGAUUUCUUUGAUACAAAAUUAGUUGCUGACGACAAAGAAGCUGAAAUCGGAACACCCAGCUACGAUUCUGAUCUUAGAGUCAAAAUUUCCAAUGAUCCUGAGUGGACUGUCGACGCUGAUGAUCACGCUAUUGCUCCAGGUAGCCUGAGAAACCUACUGAAGUAUCUCAAGAACAACUAUAACGAUCCUGAAAUUCUAAUAACAGCUGGUGGGAUAUCAGAUGAUAACGGAACCUGCAAUGAUGAUCAUAGAGUUACAUUCUUAGCGGACCAAUUAUCUGAUGUAGCCGAUGCCAUAAAUGAAGACAAAGUCAAUGUAUUUGGAUACACAUACUGGAGCUUGUUGGAUAGUUUUGAGUGGACGAAAGGAAUGAUGCCUCAUUUUGGCUUAUAUGCAGUACACUUAGAAUUUGAGACCAAUUCAUCAAGAGUAGAAAAGAAAUCAGCUAAAUAUUAUUCUCUGGCCAUCAAAGAAGGAAAACCUGUGGAUCCUGCUGAACUUACAACGACUACUACGUUUUCUACUUCCACUACAACCGCAUAUCCUACACAACCAAGUGGGGCGAGCACAGAAUCCACUGGGUCGACCACAGAAGGACAUCAAAGCGGCGCUGGAAACAGUUACCAACCUGUGGGUUCAGUUAUCUUUCUAAUUUCGCUAAUUUUUUAUCUACUUAAGUAGAAUUUUAGUCUGAAAGUUGAGUUGUUUAGAAUAAUUAAUACGUAUACCACGGUUUUUUAAAGUUACAUUUGUAUAUAUUACCUUAUAGUAAGUGACAACUAAAAAAUGUAAACGGUUAAUGACUUUUUUUAAUAAAAUUUAGUUAUAGUCU